AUGUACGGGGGCGAUGAAGUGAGCGCGGUGGUCCUGGACCUAGGUACACACAGCGUCAAGGCUGGGUACGCGGGACAGGAUACGCCGCAACACGUGUUUACGAGCUCAGUCGGCGCGCGGGCGAAAGGCGGCGACGUGGACAUGACCGAGGGUGGGAGUCAGAGCUCGAGGGACAUUUUCGUCGAUAGCAUGGGGAUCAGACGCGACGAGGUCGACGUGACGUCGCCGUACGGGGAAAAUGGUAUGCUUGAGGACUGGGAGGCGGUGGAGGGAAUUUGGGAGCACGCGUUGAAGAAGUGCUUGACGAUUCAGACAGAUGAGCAUCCGGUUCUCAUGAGCGAGCCGGUGCAUAACUCGGACGGGGUUCGAUCGAAGAUGGUCGAGUUAAUGUUCGAGAAGUACGCGCCACCGGCGCUGUUUUUGGCGAAGAAUCCGGUGCUGAGCUCGUUCGCCGUCGGCAAGGCGUCGAGCUUGGUCAUCGACAUUGGCGGCCGAAACACCACGGUUACCGCCGUUCAUGAAGGUUACGCGUUGCAAAAGUCCGUCACGCGAUCUCCCCUCGGCGGCGAGGCGCUCACAGACGUUAUUUUGGCCCGAUUAGAGAAACAAAAGGUAGAAGUUAGACCGCGGUACGCCUUCACCAAGAAGGAGAAGGGCGACGGUGAGUUCACCGUGAAAGCGGUGAAUCAUCCGAAGACGUCAGCGUCUUACUCUCUUUUUAAGCGUAGAGAAAUCGUGGAGGACCUCAAGGCGACCGUCUAUCAACUGAAUGACCACUUCUUCAGAGGAGAUGAGCAUAAGAAUGUGGCGGGGAUCACGUAUGAGUUACCGGAUGGUAACACAAUCGAGGUUGGCGCCGAGAGGUUCCAAAUCCCUGAGCUCUUAUUCCAACCGGAUAUAUUGAAAGAUCUCGACGUCAACGUCCCGAGUCUCAGCGGUGAUGUCAAAUUGAAGAGCAUUCAAGAGUUGGUCCUGGAGUGCAUCAACAAUUCCGAUGUCGACGUGCGAAAGGAUUUGUGGGGUAACCUCGUCUUAUGCGGGGGUGGCAGCAUGUUUACCAACAUGCGCGAGCGUCUGGAUGGUGCUCUAUUCGACCACGCGCCUCAAAAUGUCAAAACCAAAGUUGUGGCGAGCAUGAAUAGCGUCGAGCGGCGCUUCUCGACGUGGAUCGGAGGUUCCAUUCUUGCCUCGCUCGGUUCGUUCCAACAACUCUGGAUGAGUAAACAGGAGUACGAGGAGCAUGGGGCGAACUUGGUUCUGCGCAAAUGUCCGUGA